CGUGGGUCGCCGCUUGCGCCGAGGAACGAGUAGGUUGGGCUGGGCUCUGCUACGCUGGAGGCGGAGCUGAGGGAGAAGAACGGAGAUGGACGAGCUCCAGACUGCUGAGGAGACUGCAUUUAUUGUGGAUGAAGUUAGCAACAUCAUAAAAGAGGCUAUAGAAGGCACAAUAGGCGGCAAUGCGUAUUUGCACAGCAAAGUGAACCAGUGGACCACCAGUGUUGUAGAACAAAUUCUAAGUCAGCUAACAAAGCUGGGGAAACCUUUUAAAUAUGUCGUUACAUGUGUCAUUAUGCAAAAGAAUGGUGCUGGACUUCACACAGCAAGCUCUUGUUUCUGGGACAACUCUGCUGAUGGAACCUGCACAGUGAGAUGGGAGAACAAGACUAUGUACUGUAUUGUCAGUGCCUUUGGACUUGCAAUAUGAUUGCCUUGGAAUUCUUCAGCCUGUCUCAUCCCUUCCAUUUCAUAGUUCACUGAAACUGUGAAUUCACUGAACAACUUUGUGUUUAAAGAACUUUUCCUUCCUGUGAGAGAAUGGGAGAGCAAGUUUUAUGUGGUUACACAAACACAUCAUUCCUUACCCAUUAUCGAUGCACUCUUUGUCUUAACUCUUUAAGGACUCUUUCUCAAGGUGCUGAAACCUGAAACCUGCUGCAGUUCUUCAGCUUUAC